AUGAUUAUACAACAUCUUUUAUGGAUUUAUUGUCAAAUUAGAUUUGCACAGUAUCUACUUCAAUUUAUUGCAAAUACAAUCAUUCCAGAUCAUGAUGCACAUGUAUUUAAUCCACCUUUAUGGUCAUUAAAUAAUGGAACAAUUCUUGAUAUUUGUAUUGAUAAAUUUUUCUCAGGUUUACGUCGUUGGGAUGCAAUACAUUUUCUUCAUAUAGCUCGAUUUGGAUAUAUAUAUGAAAAUUCUUUAGCAUUUUUUCCAGGUUAUCCAUUAUUAUUUAUUCGUCCAUUAGCUUAUAUUUUCAAUCAAUUUUUAAUUGAAUCAAAUGCUUAUUUGUUAAGUGCAAUUUUAAUAAAUUUUUUUAUUGGAUUAUGUAAUACAUAUUUAAUAUUUAAAUUAGGAUUAAAAUAUAAAUUAAAAUUUCAUCAUGCAUAUUGGUCAUCAAUACUUUAUAUAAUUAAUCCAGCAACAAUAUUUUUUCUUGCACCAUAUUCUGAAACAUUAUUUUUAUUUAGUCAAUUAUUAGGACAUAAUUAUUUAAAACAAAAUAAAAUUUUUUAUUCAUAUCUUUGUUUUGGAUUUGGUUCAAUUAUACGUUCAAAUGGUAUUAUAUCAUUUGGUUUUAUUAUAUAUUAUUAUUUAAAAAAAAUUUAUCAUAAAAGACAAUUAAUUUUUCCAAUACAUUAUUUUAUUUUAUGUAUUUUACCAUUUUUUUUUACACAAUAUUUUUUAUAUAAAGAAUAUUGUUAUGAAAAACAAAUACCUCAAGAAUUAAAAAUUUAUGGAUUUAAUAAUGAUUUAUCAAUGCCAUUAGAAAAUUUUUCUUCUAUAUGGUGUUUAAAACAGAUACCAUUAUCAUAUCAAUAUGUACAAAAAAAAUAUUGGAAUAUGGGUUUUUUAAAUUAUUGGACAUGGAAACAAAUACCAAAUUUUCUUUUAGCUUUACCAAUAUUUAUUCUCAUGGGAAAUUUUAUUCAAAAUUGGUUUAAAAUAAUAAGAAAAGAUUUAUGGAAAAAAAAAUUUGAAUAUCUUUUUUCAAAUAAAAAUCAAUCAAGAAACAAUAUUUGGUUUGAAAAAAAUGAUUUUAUUCCACAUAUAAUUUAUAUGUUAUUUUUAAGUUUAUUUGCAUUAUUUUUUAUGCAUAUACAAACUGCUGAAGAAAUUCGUGAACAUACAAUUCCAGAAGAUCUACCACCUGUCGAGAAAACAUUAGCCAUGCUUGAUUCACGAUGUGAUAUUCAACGUAUUGCUGGUAUUCGUUCUAUUCCAUCUAUAAUUAUUUCUCAUCGAGAUGGAACUUUUCACCGUGUAUUACCUAAAUUUAAAUUAAUUAUUGAACAAACAGUUGAUAGUGGAGAACAUGCAGUAGCAGCAGAAACAAUUGUUUCUAUGAUACAACAACAAUCAUUAUCUUAUUCGGAGUUUAUAUCAUUAUUUUCACAAAUGAUCUGUGCACUUAUAUUUCCAACUACGACGAAUCGUUUUUCAAUAGAUUUCGGUGAUAUAUGGUGUCAAGCAUUAUGCAAUAUAAUUGAUGCUUUUCCAAAAACAACUUCAUUUACUUCGUUACUUGAUUUAAUUUUUAAUAAUAGUUUACAUGGUUCAUAUGUUCGAGAUCGAUUGGCAAUAAUUUUAGCUAAGUUAUCAUGUCGAUUGAAUUCACAAAUAGUUGAAAAUCGUUUGUUGCCUGUAUUUAAAAAUUUUAUCAAUGAUACUAAUGCUGAUAUUCGUGCACUUGCUUGUCAAAAACUACCAAUUCUUGCUCAAUCACUCGAAUAUAAUCAAAUAUUAAAUUUGAUAUUACCAUUACUUGUUACAUUAUCUAAAGAUGAUAAUUUAGCUGUACGUCAAACAUGUUUUGAAUCAUUACUUGAUCUCAGUAAUAAUCUAAAUGAUUCGAGAUCUAUUCAACAAGUAAAUGAAAUGAUUAUUUCACUUAUUAAAUUUGGUUUAUCAUCAAGAACAUCAAAAUUUAUUACAACAAUUGCAUUACAUCUUUCUGAUUUAUGUCAUACAUUGAGCAUUUUUCAAAUUGAUGAAUGUAAAUUUGUUCAUGAAAUAUUUUUACGAUUAAGUCAAGAAAAAAAUUUUCCAGAGUGUCGAUUAUCUUGUGCAAAACAUUUUUCGUCAAUUAUUGAUUAUCUUGGUCAUGAUGAAUUAUCAAAUGAAUUAGAAAAAUUAUUUUCUGAUUUAUGUAAUGAUAAAGAUUCAAAAAUUUGUUCAAUUAUGCCAUCAACAAUAAUUAAUCUUACAAAAUUAUAUGAUAAUAAUAAUAAUAAUGCUGAAAAGAAAUAUAUGUCAAUAAUAUGGAAUGGUUUUUUAUCAUUAUUAAAUAAUUCAAAUUAUCAUGUUAUGAUUGCAUUAGCAACAAAUUUAUUAAAUAUAUUCAUUAAAUUUUCAAGAAAUCAAGAUGAAGGUCUUUUAUAUGGAUCUAUUUGUUCAAUGUCAGCAAUUCCUGAUUCAGAAAUAUUUAUUAAUCAACUUUUGGAAUAUGAACGACGAAUAUUUGAAAAUACAUUAUCAUGGCGUUCAUGUAUAUUAUGUCUUCAAGCAUUUGUUCAUUUACCAUAUUUAUUAUCAAGUGAACAAAUUCAAACAAAAAUUUUACCAUGUGUUUUUUCACGUAUAUAUAGUAAACAAGUUUGUGUACGUGAAAUAGCUGUUGAUAGUUAUGUUCAAUUAUUAAGAAAAAUUCCACGACGAUCAAUAAGAAAAAAUGCAUUUCAAAAAUUAAAAACUGAACUUUUAUUAAAUAAAUCUUAUCAAUGGCGUAUUAUGUAUAUAAGAGUAUGUCGACAAAUACUUGUUCAUUAUUCCAAACGUUUUUUUAAAGAAAAUUUUCUUGAUACAAUUCUUUCAAUUGAAUAUGAUCCUGUUUUAAGUGUUCGAAUUCAAUUAGUUCCAUUACUUAUUGAAAUAAAAUCUAUUCUACGUUUACCAGCUGAUCGUCAAUCUAUAUCAAAAAUUGAAACUAUGAUGGAAUAUUUUCUUGCUGAUAAAACAUUAACAUUACAUGAUCUUGCAAAUAAUGGUCUUUUACAAUUAGAUCAAAUACGUUCAUAUAAUACAUUAUCAAUAUUUUCAAAUCAUACAUCCGAUGAUAAUAAUGACAAAAAAAAAGAAGAUGAAGAAUAUUUUCUUGAUGAAAUAGAUGCAUCAAAACGUCGUUCAUUAAAUAAAUCAAAUGAUCAAUAUACAAUAUCAAAACGUCUUACAGAUACAUCAAUAUCAAAUAAACAAACAACAUCAUUACGAAGUGCACAAUUAGUAAAAACAAAUUUAGAUAUUCUUCCACGAAAAUCAUCAUUACCUUCAGAUACAAGUAAUGAAAUAAAAGAUAAUAAAAUAUCUCUAACAAAACAACGACGUCGACAAACAUUAAAUGAUAAUACAGUGUCAACAACAUCAUCACGAUUGUCCAAUCAAACACCAACAAAAAAAAAUUUUAAAUUAGUUGUGAGACGGGGCAAACCGGCGUCACUCGGACACGGACACAAUGAUGCAACAAAUUCACCAUCCGCGCUCGAUAGAGGUAAGCCAACUCGGCAGACAUUUCAUUUGGGUUUUGCUGAAAAUGAUGUACCACAAUUGUUUUGUCAAUUGGAUGUUCUUCGUCGAUCAGAAGAAGCUGAAUAUGCUUAUUGGAAAGAGAAAGCACGUUGGGUACGUUUUGAAGAAAUAGCAGAAAAUGUUCUUGGUCGUUGGUCAAAACCUCAUGUUGCAACAUUAAUGCAAACAGCUUUAUUAGAUUUAAAAAAUUUAUUAACCAAUGGAGUUAUUCUUCUUAAUGUUCAAGGAACUGAUUUACCAACACUUUCACAAACUAUGGUUCAAGCACUUCUUGAUGCAAAUUAUAUUGAUGAUGUAGAUAAGGCUCAAAAAAUUGUUUGGAUUCUUGGUUUACCACAUUUUCAUCAUCAUGAAAAACGUUCUGUUAUGAAAACUGCAAGUUCAGUUAGUUUGUCUAAACAAGGUGGUCUUCAUCCAAGUCCAAGUUUUGUUAUUAAUCAUCUUUUACGACGAGAUGAUGAAGUUGAUAAUUCACAAGAUAUGUCAGCACCACAUUUAAUUAGUAAACCAUCAACUCAGGAUAUGACAGUGCCCGAACAUAAUGAAACGAAUGGUACGGCAGUACCAUCGGCUAAGGAUUAUAAUAUAAAAUUACAACGGAAAUUAAGUCGUAAAACUGAAGGUGCAUCAAUAUUAAUAUGUCCAGUUGAUUUUGUUCGAGAAUCAUCAAUUGUAUUUCUUCGUCUUGAAAAUGCUAUUGAAUUAUUAGGAAUGCUUGAAAUAAAACUUUAUUCACGUUUUAUUGUUCUUUUAAUGGGACCCGAAGAAAAUGAAAAACAAUUAUUACAAGUUGGACGUACAAUGGCAACUAUAUUAACUGAUGAUAUAUGUAGAGAAUUUGCUUAUACAUCAAAAGAUUCUCAAGGUAUUUUGGAUAUGAUGGAUAGAUUUAUGCAAGAUACAUAUGUUCUUCCACCAUCGGAAUGGGAUCCAACAAUUCGCAUUGAACCACCAUCACAAUAUAUGAGCAAAGAGCAACGACAAGCUCAAGUACCAGCAGAAAAAGUAGGACAAUUUGAGGAGAUUGAUUUAACUCCUCAUACAGAUCCAAAUUUAAUAGCAUCGAAAAGACCAUUUUAUGGUCUUUUCGUCGAUAUUAAAAAUAAAUUACCAUUUUAUGCAUCAGAUUUUACUGAUUGUGCUAGUUUACAAUGUAUAGCAGCUACACUUUAUUUAUAUCUUGUAUGUCUUUGUUCAGUUGUUGCUUUUGGUGGUAUGCUUGGAACAGCAACAAACAAUUAUAUGGCUACCAUGGAAUGUAUUCUUUCAGCUUCAUUAAGUGGUGUUGUAUAUGCUUUAUUUUCCGGUCAACCAUUAAAUAUUCUUUCGGCAACUGGUCCUAUGUUAAUCUUAGAACGUAUAUUAAAACAUAUGUGCAGUGAUUAUGAAUAUGAUUUUCUUGAAUUUCGUUUAUGGAUUGGUGUUUGGAUAUUUGUACUUUUAUUUAUAUUUGUUAUAUUUAAUUUAAGUUUUCUUGUUAAAUAUAUAACACGUUUUACUGAAGAUUGUUUUGCAUCAUUAGUUGCAACAAUAUUUAUCUAUGAUGCUAUACGUGAAAUUAUAAAACUUCGUAAAACAUAUCCAAUUAAUUAUGCACCAAAUAACGUAUUAGAUUAUACAUGUUCAUGUGUAAAUAUGACUUUAACUCAUACUCAAACAAGACUUAAUAAUACAAAUAUGAUUGAUUAUUUAUUAAAUGCAACAACUUUAAAUGGAACACUUCGAUCUGCAUGUGAAAAAGCAAAUGGUUCUCUUAUUGGUCCUGGUUGUUCAACACCUACUUAUCAUGCUGAUAUAUUUUUUUAUUCAUUAAUUUUAUUUUUGCUUACAUUUUUUAUUUGUAUGGGUUUACAAGAAUUUCGUCAUAGUGCAUUUUUUCCAACAAAAAUUCGUACGAUUCUUGGAGAUUUUUCUGUAUUAAUUGCUAUAGUAUUAAUGUCAGGAUGGGAUUCAUAUUUACAUUUAGGUACACCAAAAUUACAGGUGCCAAAUGAAUUUAAACCAACAUUACCACAUGAACGUGGAUGGUUAAUACCAUUUUUUGGUAAAAAUCCUAUAUGGACAAUACCAAUAGCAAUUAUUCCAGCAUUAAUAGCAACAAUACUUAUAUUUAUGGAUCAACAAAUAACAGCUGUGAUUAUCAAUAGAAAAGAAUUUAAAUUAAAAAAAAAACUUGGUUAUCAUCUUGAUUUAUUUGUUUUAUCACUUACAGUAUUAUUACAAUCAAUGCUUGGUUUACCAUGGUUUGUAGCAGCUACAGUAUUAGCUUUAACACAUGUUAAUGCAUUAAAAAUUAUGAGUGAAAAUACAGCACCAGGAGAAAAACCAAGAUUUGAAGGAAUUAUUGAACAACGUGUCAGUGCUCUAUUAAUGGCUAUUUUAACUGGUCUUAGUGUAUUCUUCACUAAUGUUUUAAGCCAUAUUCCAAUGCCUGUUCUUUAUGCUGUUUUCAUGUUUAUGGGUGUUUCAGCUCUACGAAAUAUGCAAAUUUUUGAUCGAGUUUUAUUAAUGUUUAUGCCACAAAAACAUCAACCUGAUUAUCCAUAUUUGCGUCAUGUACGUAUAACACGUGUUCAUUUAUUUACGGCUAUACAAAUUAUAUCACUUGGUGGUAUGUUUGCUAUCAAAAGUGUUAAAUCAAUUGCUAUUGGUUUUCCAUUAUUGGUACUUGCAACAUGUUUUGUUCGUAAAUUAAUGGAUAAAAUUUUUACACAAGAAGAACUUUUUUGGCUUGAUGAUAUAUUACCUGGUACUAAAAUUGGUCGUAUUCGUCGUACAUCAGCUGCUCGUCAUGUUCAUAUACCAAAAUCAAAUGAUAAUAAUGAUGAUAAUAAUGAAACAAUAACACCAACAAUUGAUAAACUUGAUGAUGAAACAAAUCGAGAUUUAUCAGGAAAUAAUUUACUCAGCAUUGCAGAGAUUAUAAAAGGCACAUCAAUGAAACAAGAUUAUAUCAAUGAUGGUCAUAUGCAAACUAGUGAUUCUGAUCAAUCACAUGCUCCGUUGAUUGUUGUCACAGAAGCAUUACCAUCAGAGGAACUAGAAGAAGAAGAAGAAACCGAGGAAGCUGAACAUUUAAUGCGUCGUGACUCUUCAUCGGAACAAUAUCAUAAUGUGAACGGUAAUAUGAAACAUAAACUUGGUCCGACAUCGGUAUAA